CAGGUCGCACAGUUGGCGCUGCGGUCACACUGUUUGGAUUUGUACACGCGAUUUGGCAGCAAAAUCGUACAAAACCGAGUGUUAGAAUUGUGCCAGUGCUACCGCCGCCCGCGGCCGCAAAACGAAACGAUCGCCAGAGGCCGAAGAAACACGCCCCCGAAAGAAAAACAGCCGUGCAAAUAUCCUCCAAAGGAGGAAAAAAAUCGCAAGUUGUUGUUGCCGUUUGCUGCUGAAAAAGAAAGAGAGAGAGCGAGCGAGAGGGGGCGCUGCGCGUGUGUGUGUGUGUUUGAGGGUGUCUCUCUCUAACGCACAGUGACUGUGUUUUCCUUUUUUCGAUUUUGUUUUUGUGGCCGCCAAACGAAAGAAAUAAAAACAAUAAAAGUCCAGCGAUCCGUUAUUUGUGCAAGUGUGAAAGUUCAGCAGCGAGUGUGUGUGCGUGUGUGCCGCCAAACAACAACAAAAACCGCGCACAACAAAACAAUUCACACACACGCACCCUCCCCCGCCAGCGAGCGAGUGUGUGUGUGAGAGAGAGAGAGAGAGGUCGAAAGAGAGAAAAAUCGAAGAAGUGCUGGCCAAAAAAAGCAAAGAAGAAAAACACACAAAAAUACCAAAACCAAUAAUACAAAUAAAUAACAAGCGAAAAUUGGGAAAUCCAAGGAUAAAUCCAGGAAUAUGUCCACCAUUGAGUUCGAGACGAUCGGCAGUCGCCUGCAAUCCUUGGAGGCCAAGCUGCAGGAGCAGAAUGAGUCCCACGGCAAGAUCGUCCUUUCCGGUGCGCGCGGCUCUGGCGUUUCCGGUUCCGUUUCCGUUUCGUCUGCCCGCGUUCCGCCCCUGGCCACAUCCACAUCCGCAUCCGCCGCCCAUGCACCGCCCUUGGGCCUGGGUUCCGGUUCCGGUGCCGGGAUUAGCAUAGCCCAGCGGCCAGCACCUCCAGUUCCUCAUGCGACGCCCAGCGCCACCGCCUCGUCCUCAUCCGCAUCCGCAUUCGCAUCCGCCUCUGCAUCCGCAUCUGCCUCAUCCGCAUCCGGAGUUUCGUCGACGGGCGCCUUCGGCGGAACGUACACCCCGCCCACAACCAGAGUGCCGCGAGCCACGCCCUCACUGCCCAUGCUCUCAAGCGGUCCCGGUGGUGGAUUCAACCGGACGCGACCGGUGAUACUUCCGCUGCCCACGCCGCCUCAUCCUCCGGUCUCGGAAACGGACAAAAAGCUGAAGAUCAUCAUGGAGCAGACCGGCAAGCUGAACAUCAACGGGCGGCAAUAUCCGACGGACAUCAAUGACCUCAAGCACCUGGGCGAUCUGGGCAACGGGACCAGCGGCAACGUGGUGAAGAUGAUGCACCUGUCCAGCAACAUGGUCAUCGCCGUAAAGCAGAUGCGACGCACUGGCAACGCCGAGGAGAACAAGCGCAUCCUGAUGGAUCUGGAUGUGGUGCUCAAGUCGCACGACUGCAAGUACAUUGUGAAGUGCCUGGGCUGUUUCGUUCGCGAUCCGGAUGUGUGGAUCUGCAUGGAGCUGAUGUCCAUGUGCUUCGACAAGCUGCUGAAGCUCUCCAAGAAGCCGGUGCCGGAACAGAUCCUUGGCAAGGUCACAGUGGCGACGGUCAACGCAUUGUCCUAUUUGAAGGACAAGCACGGGGUCAUCCAUCGCGAUGUGAAGCCAUCGAACAUUCUGAUCGACGAGCGUGGCAACAUAAAGCUCUGUGAUUUCGGGAUCAGCGGUCGCCUGGUGGACUCCAAGGCCAACACACGAUCCGCCGGCUGUGCAGCUUAUAUGGCGCCGGAGCGCAUCGACCCCAAGAAACCAAAGUACGACAUUCGCGCCGAUGUGUGGUCACUGGGCAUAACGCUGGUGGAGCUGGCCACCGCGCGAUCCCCGUACGAAGGAUGCAACACGGACUUCGAGGUGCUCACCAAGGUGCUGGACUCGGAGCCGCCGUGUUUGCCCUACGGCGAGGGUUUCAACUUUACCCAGCAGUUCCGCGACUUCGUCAUCAAGUGCCUCACAAAGAACCAUCAGGACCGACCCAAGUAUCCGGAGCUUCUGGCCCAGCCCUUCAUUCGGACCUACGAAAUAGCCAAAGUAGAUGUGCCCAAUUGGUUUCAGAGCAUCAAGGACAACCGUCUGCGUGCCAACGGCGAUUCCACGCUCCAGAGGGCAACAGCGACUGGCGGUGGAGGCGGUUCUGGUUCAGGAUCUCUAGCAGAAUCAGGAUCCGCAGGUGGAGCUAUAAAAUAUGGUAGGGCGGCGCCGUAUGCGGCGCAGAGUCCCACGAAUCCGCAAAAGACAAUAAAACCCACUCAGAUACCGAGUUACCAGCAGCAACAGUCGCAGUAUUUCAUGCAAUCAGCCACACAACUACCUCAAACAACAACACCAACAACAACCACAACACCAACGGCAACGACAAACUGUUUCGGCGGAAGCGGAAGUGGCAGUGGCAGCGGGAACGGAAGAGGAAAUGGCAGCGGGAGCGGAAAUGGAAGCGGCAGCAGCAGCAGCGCCAGUCCUCUAUCACCGCCCAGCGGAGGCGUGGGUGAUCUUAACCGACUUUAUCGCAAAUCGCCGUUCAUGCAGCGCAAACUGAGCAACGGAUCACAUCAUUCGCACUUCAAAUGCAACGAUGAGAGUCCCAAAAAGGAGUCCAUGUUCAGUAGCAUCGGCCAAUCGAUUCUACGCAAUCUGACCACAUCGCCCUUCAGCCAAAAGAAACAUAAUUCAGCAGCGACUGCAUUAACAAUACCACUGCCGCACAACAACCAAACAUUAUACACGGAUGCUGCAACGGCGACUGCAAAAACACCGCCAAAUGUUGCAGCUGCAGCGCCCACGACAACGCCAACAGCCACGCCCACUUGGCGCCUGCCAGCGGAAAAUUCCCAAGCCUACGACAGCUGUGAUAGUAGUAGUAAUGCGCCAACGACCUUGAACCUGGGCCUCUCCUCCCCCUCGCCCUCGCUGCCGCGCAAGCAGUUCCUCACUGAAUCGCCGACCCUGCAACUCGCCAGUCAGCAACAGCAGCAACAACUGCAGCAGCAGCAACUGCAACAGCAACAGCUGCAGCAGCAACCACAGCGUUUGCAGCCGGGCAAUCAGAGCCCCAUAGUGCUGCAGCGCUUCUACCACCAGCAGAACCAGCUGCGAGAGAAGGAGGCGGCGGAGCGGUAUCAGCAGCAGCGCCAGCAGCCGCCCGUCGGAGUGACCAGCACGAAUCCGUUUCACAGCAACUAUGUGCCGCCGCCACCAUCGACGCACUCCACCUCUAGUCAGUCCUCCACGCAGUCGACGUGUUCGCAAAUCGCCGUCAAUCCCCCCGCCAGCCUAUCGCCAUCGCCAGGCUCUGGAAAUGGAACCAUAGCGGGAUUGGGCAUUGGAUCGGGAUCGGGAACGGGAUCAGGUUCAGGAGCAGCUGGUCACUUUGGGGCAGGAGGCAAUGGCGAACAGUUGCAGUACCAGCCGCUGCCCGUGGCCGCCGAGGCAACGGUGGUGACUAGUCCCACGCUCCUGCCCAGAUCCCCGGAGCAGCAGUCGGAGUACGGAGGGGGCAGCUCCAUGGUGGCCAGCAAGCUGAGCAAGCUGUACGCACGCCGGCAGCUUUUGGGCCAGAGCUCGAGCAGCGGGGCGAGCAGCAGCAGCCUGGAUGGAUGCUCCCGGGAGCAGCAUGAUGCAGGCUGGUUCAACACCCUCGCCGGCGCCAUGAAGCGACAGUUUGCCACCUAUGUUAAAACCCAAUUGAAUUCCACAGCCACGUCCCCGGUGGCGGCCAGCAUGGAUCGGGAUCGGGAUCAGGAGCCAGGGCAUCCGCAACCGCCUGCGUACAGGAGCAUCGUGAACAAUGGCAGCGGUGGCAAGUCCUACUACUAUCGCACCUUGUCGGCGGCCAGCAGCAGUAGCAAUACCAGCCAGAGCACUUCGCCCACGACGGAACCGUUGCCUGGUGGAGGCACCAGUAGCUUCCUGCGCCGCUAUGCCAGCAGCGGACCGGCAAUGGGCUGCGGUGGUGGCAGCAUCAGCACACCGCCCAGUCCGCACAUCCUGGCCGGACUGGAUCGAAGGCACCGGAGUCCGGAUCCGCCGCCGCGCUACAAUCGCGGUCAGUCGCCGCUGUUGCUGCGCAAGAAUCUGCUGGAGUUGAGUGGCCAGCCGCCCGGCUCACCGCUUCUGCAUCGAAGAUACGUUUCGGCGUCGCCCCCACUACCGCCGCCGCGUCGAGGAUCUGAGAGCGUGCCAGGAUCGCCGCAGCACUUCCGUACCCGCAUCCAUUACACACCCGAGCCCCAGAGACGCAUCUACCGCACAAUAGAUCAAUGAGUAGCGCUGCAAAUCAUGGUCAUGUGAUGCUGGUACGGCUUCGACGACGAUGCCGCCGGUUCAGCUGUCAACGACGACGAUCCAGAGGGGGAUGGGCUACUGGAGCCCAUCUCCCUGCCCGUCUCGUCGGCAGCCGGCGACUCGCUGUCGAUGCCGGCGUAUGCAGAUGGCCUGGGCGCCAGGACGUCCGGGUUUAACCGGCGUAUGGUUGGUCGACGGACGUGUUCGGCCAGCGGAUCGUAUGCCAGCUUGUAUGCGGAUAGGGACGAAUGGCCAGGAUCAGGACCAGGAUCAUCCGGUGCGGCGGGAACAUCGACGACCAGAGCUGAAUACCCGUGGACAUGUGAUUGAUGACAAACGAAAGUGUUCAAAAGUCUUAUACGUUUAAGUGCUUGAGCCUCAGCGAUUCAUCUGCAUACGCAUCUGCUGAACAAUUAGUUUCGUUGCGCAGCUCCAAUUGUACAUAGACAUAUAUGCGAAGGGAUCUAUAUAGACACAUCCGAUAAUAGUGCAAUAGUUGAAAGCAAUUCUGUUCGCCCAACACCCGCCACCUCCCCCCCUGUAUCCAAAUCUAUUCUCUCUUAUAUAUAUAUAUAUAUCUCUUUAUCCGUGUCUGUAUCUCCUUCAAUGGUAACUCUGUAAUCAAAAGUUUACACUUUACACAACGUAAAUUAUUUAACAGCAGCUCUAAAAACCAAACAAAAUAGCUAAAUCCAUAUGGCGAAAAUCCAAGAAAAUGUAUAAGAAAUUCAAAUGAUUUGUAGCUUUGUAUAUAGAGAGGAGGCGAAGUGCAAGAAGUCGUUGCAUUUGCUGUUUGCAAUUUGUUUUAGUUUAUACAUUUCAUUAAACAUCAACUUGUGUGCUGAGUGGAAGGGAAACCAACAACAACAACAACAACAAACAACAUUAACAAUGGAAUUAUUGUACUGAUUAUUAUAAUUGUUUAAUUUAUUAUGUAAGCGGCAACAAGCAACAAUUUAAAUUCAA